CUCCUUCCCAUCUCCAGAACGUUGCUGUGGUAGCGCCUCGGCGCCAUGUUAGGAGGCCGGAGGGGAAGAGGAAGAAUUAGAAGCGGCGGCAGCAACAACAGCAGCAACUAGCAGGCCUAGCGAGAGGUUCUUUACCCUCUCUGGGAGGGCCCCAGCCAGGCCCAUAUCAUGCUCACGGGGCCCGUUUGUCAGGGGCGGAAAGAGUGACUGUUCCAGAGAAGAAGAGACGGCGUUUAACCAUAGCCGGAGAGACGAUGCCGUUUCCAGUUACAACCCAGGGAUCACAACAAACACAACAGCCGCAGAAACAUUAUGGCAUUACCUCACCAAUCAGUUUAGCUUCCCCUAAAGAGAAUGACUGUAUACUUACCCAGAAGCUAAUUGAAACCCUAAAACCCUUUGGUGUCUUUGAAGAGGAGGAAGAACUGCAACGCAGAAUUCUAAUUUUGGGGAAACUAAAUAACUUAGUAAAGGAAUGGAUACGAGAAAUCAGUGAAAUUAAGAAUCUUCCACAAUCUGUAAUAGAAAACGUUGGAGGGAAAAUUUUUACAUUUGGCUCAUAUCGAUUAGGUGUGCACACAAAAGGUGCAGACAUUGAUGCAUUAUGUGUGGCGCCGAGGCAUGUUGACAGGAGUGAUUUUUUCACCUCAUUUUAUGAAAAACUGAAAUUACAGGAAGAAGUCAAAGACUUACGGGCUGUUGAAGAAGCGUUUGUUCCUGUUAUUAAAUUGUGUUUCGAUGGAAUAGAGAUUGAUAUCUUGUUUGCCAGGUUAGCACUGCAAACUAUUCCUGAAGACCUAGACCUUCGAGAUGAUAGUCUACUUAAAAAUUUAGACAUUAGAUGCAUACGAAGUCUUAAUGGUUGCAGAGUAACGGAUGAAAUUCUCCAUCUAGUACCAAACAUUGACAAUUUCAGGUUAACACUGAGAGCUAUCAAACUGUGGGCCAAACGGCACAACAUCUAUUCCAAUAUACUAGGUUUCCUUGGUGGAGUUUCCUGGGCUAUGCUAGUAGCAAGAACUUGCCAGCUUUAUCCAAAUGCAAUAGCAUCAACUCUUGUACAUAAAUUUUUCUUGGUAUUUUCUAAAUGGGAAUGGCCAAAUCCAGUGCUAUUGAAACAGCCAGAAGAAUGCAAUCUUAAUUUGCCUGUAUGGGAUCCAAGGGUAAAUCCCAGUGAUAGGUACCAUCUUAUGCCUAUAAUUACACCAGCAUAUCCCCAGCAGAACUCUACCUACAAUGUGUCUGUUUCUACACGUAUGGUCAUGGUUGAAGAAUUUAAGCAAGGUCUUGCUAUCACAGAUGAAAUUUUGCUGAGUAAGGCAGAGUGGUCCAAACUUUUUGAAGCUCCAAACUUCUUUCAAAAAUACAAGCAUUAUAUUGUACUUCUAGCAAGUGCACCAACAGAAAAACAGCGAUUAGAAUGGGUUGGCUUAGUAGAGUCAAAAAUCCGUAUCUUGGUUGGAAGCUUGGAGAAGAAUGAAUUCAUUACACUGGCUCAUGUAAAUCCUCAGUCAUUCCCAGCACCCAAAGAAAAUCCUGACAAGGAAGAGUUUCGUACAAUGUGGGUGAUUGGAUUAGUGUUUAAGAAAACAGAGAAUUCUGAAAAUCUGAGUGUUGAUCUUACAUUUGACAUUCAGUCUUUUACUGAUACUGUUUAUAGGCAAGCAAUAAACAGCAAGAUGUUUGAAAUGGAUAUGAAAAUUGCCGCAAUGCAUGUUAGGAAAAAACAACUUCAUCAACUGCUACCUAAUCAUGUCCUUCAGAAAAAGAAAAAGCAUUCAACAGAAGGAGUCAGGUUGACAGCGCUGAAUGACAACAGCCUAGACUUAUCUAUGGAUAGUGAUAACAGCACUUCUGUGCCUUCUCCUACCAGUGCUAUGAAGACAAGUCCUUUGAACAGUUCUGGAAGCUCUCAGGGCAGAAGCAGUCCUGCUCCAGCUGUGACAGCAGCAUCUGUGACCAACAUACAAGCUUCUGAAGUCACUGUGCCACAAAUAAAUUCCAGUGAAAGCUCAGGGGGUACUUCAAGUGAAAGCAUUCCUCAAACUGCCACACAGCCAGCCAUCUCUCCACCACCAAAGCCUACCAUCUCUAGAGUAGUUUCUUCAACCCGUCUUGUCAACCAACCACAGAGACCUUCAGGAAACACUGCAACUAAAGUAACUAGCCCUGUAGCAGGUGUGAAGAGGACAUCGUCUCCCCAUAAAGAAGAAUCUCCUAAAAAAAUAAAGACUGAUGAGGAUGAAAUAAAUGAAGAUGUUAGUUGCAUUGAUAUGAGUGAUCAUGAUAAGAUGGAAACUAAGGAACUUUUUGAUACAGAAUCAGAUAUGGCCUCUCAGCAGGAAACUCUUCAGACCACAGUAUCUCUACAAGCUCCUCAGAAAACGCCCAGUACCGAUCUUUCAGAUAUCCCUGCUCUCCCUGCAAAUCCUAUUCCAGUUAUCAAAAAUUCAAUAAAACUAAGAUUGAAUCGGUAAAACCAACCUCAGGGGUCCAUAAACAGUAUCUGCCAAUUUAACCUGUUGUCUUCUAAUACUGGAAAGGAGAACAGAAGGUGCAAGACGAGAAUGUGAACACAGAUGGAUUUAGGUAUAUUUUGUGCACUUCUCUUGCUGGGCUAUAAUCACUUGAUCUGGAAGUCCAGGUUCGUAUUUGUGGAGCCAGGAGUACUAUUAAUGUGUUAGCAACAGUUACAUUAAAUUCUUUAAAGGAUUACUGCCUAUAAAAAGGAAUGGGAAUACUAUUUCUAGCCAUAUUUGAUGUACUGAUUGGGUUUGUGUUGAUGCAUUGUUUGGAAGAAAAGAAAUUCAGCUAAAACUGGCAAAAGAAUUCCUUAAAUGCACUUUUAUGUACUUUUUUUAUUGGAAUAUGACUAAUUUUAGUGCUUCAGCUUGAUAGAUUUUAUUUUUAUUAAAAAAAAAAAUUCUUCAAAAUCUGUGACCUUCAAAUUAGAAAAUGGCUUGAUAUAUUGUAUACUGAAGGUAAAAGUAUGCAUUGUAUCUAGCUCAGUCACCAUUAGGAUGCAGCAAGCCCUUAUAAGAAAAUGACAAAUCUUGGAAGUUCUAAGUUUGGGAAAAUACAUUUAAAAUAUUCGAUGGGGCAUGAUUAAGAAAUUGACUAUUUUUUAUUUUGGGAGUUAUUUUAUGGUGCAUACAAAUCAGCUGUCAAAAAGCAAAUAAUUGAUUCUUUCAGUUUAAUCAAGCCUUCUCCUUAUUACCUUCCCAUUCCUAUUACCAUAUUUUUUGGAGAGGAAAAAGAAAUGUUUGCAUUUAACUCAUGUUCUGUUUGUAUGCCCAAAAUUGGACUAUUGUUGUCAGUGAAAUACUGGUAGUUUUUCUUUUAAGCUCUGUAGCCCUUAGCUACAGAUGCUACUUUCCCCCAGAAAUGAAAUACAGUAAAUAAAGUGUGCCUGUGAAGCAUA